AUGCUGCCCCGAAUUACAAUCCUUACCAUCCUGGGUCUCUAUCUAGCCUCCCGAGCGAGAUCGCUCUCCCUGUUGUACAACAACCAUCCAGAACGACUGGUGGAGAUCAAUCAACUACCCCACUAUGCCAUCAAAUACGCCGACCGCAUCCGCAACUGCGAGGAUGCCGUGAUGGUCCCUGAGGAUGGACUGGCCAUUCUCAGCUGCGACCCAGGUCGCGAUCGUUGGAACACCGUCAUGGGCACCUUCACCAAAGACAAGAGUCUCAUCCCUCACGGCGAUCUAACCAUCUACCGUUACACAAACGCCGAAGACGAGGGCAAGGCACUCACCACCAUCAAGCUGGUCGACUUCCCCGAGAUCGACAAGUUCCACCCCCUAGGUGUCGAGUAUCACCGUCCGAGCGGACAGCUCUUCGUCUGCAACCACCACUACGACGGGUCGCGCGUCGAGAUCUUCAGCCUCGACUUGUCCGACCCCGGCCACCCGACCGCUCAUUACCAGCGCACGCUAGUUGACGCGACCAUCCGGGCGCCCAACGCCAUCCUCGCGCUCAGCGCGCACGAACUCUACAUCACCAACGACCACCACUACCUCCAACGGACGCACCCAAAGCUCGCCAAGACCGAGACGCUCAGCGGGGCUCCGGGUGGCGCCCUCGUCUACGCUAAUACCCAAACGGGCGAGAUGCGACGCGUCGCACGGAUCCCGUUCGCGAACGGGGUUGCGCGAGUGAACGCGUCAACCGUCGCCGUGGCGUCGACGUCCACAGCAGCCGUCUACCUGUACGACGUUCAGCCGCACGACUAUUCCGUCAGGUUUGUCCACAGCAUCCCCGUGCCCUUCUUUCCAGAUAACCUGGAGACCGAUCAGGCGGGGGUGCUGCUGAUCGCGGGACAUCCGUCCAUGCAGGGUCUCGAGGCGACCGUAAAGGCGCGGCUGCAGUGUACGGGGGUGCCGUCAGAAAAGGGGAAGUGUUACAAGGCGGGGGCACCAAGCUGGGUGGCGGAGUGGACGGAGGAGCGGGGGGUGCGUGAUCUGUAUGUCAGUCGGGGGGAGUUCGGGAGUAGUUCGACGGCCGGGCGGGAUGCGGAGAGAGGAGUGGGUCUGGUGACGGGGUUGUAUGAACGGGGGAUAUUGGUCUGGAGUGAGUCUGGGCUAGAUGCCUAG